AAGUGUGCGGUAGUAGACACAGCCCAGGUCACUGAAGCUUCGACCCAGAGAACAUAGCAGAGCGCACGUCGACUGUACAAUUCACAAGAAAUGAAACUCAGCCUUUGCAGCUUCAUCGCAUCCGUCAUCACCUGGGAGUUCGUCAAACACAAGUCCAGACACAUGACUCGUCCAGUCAAUGAUUAGCUAAAAGUGUUGUUAAACAAUGUGACUUCUAAUCUUCCUCUUCAUCAGGGGAAACACUUUCGUUUCCCUGCAAAUUUAGGUUUCAGUUGUCGGCAGCAAUAAAUAGGCUGCAGGUCUCGUCUUGAGGAGGAGGACGUGAAGACAUGGCUCCAACACUGUUUGAACACGGCGCAAAGCCCGGCGACCUGAUCCAGAUCUUCCGUGGAACAUAUCAGCACUGGGCUGUCUACAUUGGCGGCAAUGAAGUUGUUCAUUUGACGACUCCGGGCGGUGACUCGAGCUCUCUUGGGAACAUGUCUCUGGCCCUGAACACCAGCGUCGCCCAGGUGAUGCGUCACAAGAUCUGGGAGGUGGUGUGCAACGACCGGUUCCAAAUCAACAACCUGCUCGACGACAAGUCCAAACACAUUCCACUUUCGUUUCCCUGCAAAUUUAGGUUUCAGUUGUCGGCAGCAAUAAAUAGGCUGCAGGUCUCUGAAACAGCCCGGUGUUACCUGGUCGUAUCUGUCAAUCUUGAACACGGCGCAAAGCCCGGCGACCUGAUCCAGAUCUUCCGUGGAUCAUUUGAGCACUGGGCUGUCUACAUUGGCGGGGAUGAAGUUGUUCAUUUGACGACUUCGGGCGGUUACUCAAGCUCUUCUGGGAGCAUGAGUCUGGUCCUGGACAGCGGCGGCGACCAGGUGAUGCGUGGCAACAUCUGGGAGGUGAUUGACGACGACCCUUUCCAAAUCAACAACCUGCUCGACGACAAGUACGAGCCUCGAGAGCGCCACGUCAUCGUGAGGGAGGCCUGCGGGAUGGUGGGCUCGGUGCUGAAGUACAGCGUCGUCUCUCUGAACUGUGAGCACUUUGCCACCGAGCUACGCUACGGCCGGCCGGAGUCUCGACAGGUCAAAAACGCUGUGAUUGGAGGCGCUGCAGUGAUAGUGGGCGUCGGCUUAGCUGUGGGUGCCAUUGCUCUGUUAACCGGCCCCCUCAAAAAUGACGCCGAAGAAAAAGAAGAAGAAGAAGACGCCAGAGAAAAGAAGCAUAAAAAACAUCAGAAACGUCAAAGACAUCAGAACUGGCAGUAGAGACGCAGGAAGAUGAAAGGAAAGAUCUCCCAAUUGUUUGAGUCAAUUCACCAUUGAUUUUGAUUUAUGUAAAUGUACUGUUGCACAAAAAAAAGGUUUUCUUUAUCGAUGUUGUUCUGUCAACACCCAUAAAACACUCAACUGUGGUAAAGAUGGAGCAAGUUGUUGUGUAAGAAAGUGAAUCUCCAGGUGCAUCGCUGUCAUGAUGUCAUGUUUGAUAUUGAAGCUGUCAUGACUCGUUG